UUAGAGUGGUACAGACACAGUUUUUAGACUCUAACUCGUUACUUUGUAAGUCUGCUGAAUGCUGGCCUUUUGGGGUCUUCGGCUACAGAGUUCCCAAAUGGAUUUGUACAUUUACAAGGAUAUCGGCUACUGAAAUCUACCAAUCAAACAUCUUCUAUCAUCUGCUGCACUUCUAAGGCCAAAUUGGAACAGUCAUGUCAACAGGCUCAGCUCCAAGUGAUCCUGAGGACGAUGAGAUAUUUAACAGAAGGAUCUCCACAAAUGUGAGGAAAACUACCCACCUCAAUUCCAGGCGGUAUUCGGACAAGGAUCUGGAAGAUGAGGGUGUGGACAGGAGGAUCCAGCAGGACAGCAGCAAGCCCCCCAAGGCUCACCAGAAGGACUCGCGGCAGUCUCAGCGAAACGCAGCCAACGCUCGAGAGAGGGCGAGGAUGAGAGUGCUGAGCAAAGCCUUCUCCAGACUGAAAACAAGCCUGCCCUGGGUUCCUGCAGACACCAAACUGUCAAAAUUGGACACGCUGCGUCUCGCCUCCAGCUACAUCUCUCACCUCAGACAGAUUCUGCAGGAGGACCGGCUGGAGAACAGCUUUGCACAUCCAGUCAGUCUGACUUGGCCCUUUAUGUCGACAGCAAGAUCAGAAGAGGACAUUUCAUCCACUGUAAGACUUUGUGGAGCUACAGCCUAGUCCAUCUCUCUUCAUUAGGCAGCUAGCCUACCAGAACCUCCAGAACUGACUGAGAAGUAAUCCUCCGGUCAAUGGAUUCUUAAUAAACUGUCCUCAUGUUUUACUUUUCUGUUUAAAUGACUCUUGCCUCAGAACCAUAAUGUUUUUUGUGUACAUGUGUAACAUUCAGAUUAUUUUAUUUCAUUAGCGUUUUGGGUGACUUUUUAAAACGCAAGUCUUGGAUUGUUUUGUAAUCAUAUUUAUCUGUGCACUGAAUCAGAGUGUCAUUGAUCUGCAUGGGUUUGAUUUAACAUCAAUAAACAGACAUGUUGAGUCAUAUUGACCACUCAUAA